AUAUUGAAUUUCCCGAUGAAUUUUCUGCUAAUGAGAAGGCGCUACAUAUUAAAUAUCGGGUAGUAUAGAAAUUCUAUCCGCGGGAAAAGUGCCAGAUGAGACGAGAGUUGGGAAUACUUAGUACGUCACGACAAGCGAGCCCGCAAACUUUUAUAAACUCGCUUCUAUAUUGUGACCAUUAGAGUGGAAAGUACAACUUCUGCUCAUGUCGAGCACAUUGCCAGAUCGCCCAAUUUCGAAUUAGACCUUAUUGCGAGGAAUUAGAAGCAGUUUUACAAACAUUGUUGUGAGAGAAAGCACUUUCCGGUUGUGUGUCGUGUUGGAUGACGCAGAUGACGGUGUGACACGCCGAGCACGGCCCACCGACGGCUGCCAGUUGAGCCGAGUCCGCUCGUCUGCAAGGAGUGGACGUCACUCCUCUACACACACGUUUUCCGCGAAUACUUAGUUGUCGAGUGUUAAGUAACUUAAACAAAACAAAUGAUAUCCACCAGUUUGCUUAUAUUUUAGAAGAUUGACCUCAGUGUGAUUUAAGAUGGCCAGCAGUGCUAUAACAAAUGCAGUUCGGUUUUUCCUGCUCUUGACCUUUCUGGUCGCGACACAUUCACAGUCGCUGUCUAACCCAACUUAUAGCCCAGAUGAAGUUUCUACGAACUUAGGCGAAGUGGAGUCGCGUGACAAUGGGCAGGAGCUGGAGUUCCGGUACCACGACCACGAUCAGCUCACGAGGUACCUGCGAUCCGUGUCGGCGAGGUAUCCCGCGCUCACCGCUCUCUACUCCAUAGGGAAGUCCGUGCAAGGUCGAGAUCUGUGGGUGAUGGUAGUAUCGGCGUCUCCGUACGAGCACAUGAUCGGCAAGCCCGACGUGAAAUACGUCGCCAACAUUCACGGAAACGAAGCUGUCGGUCGCGAACUACUUCUGCACCUGAUACAACACCUUGUCACGUCAUAUGAUACAGAUCCGUACAUAAAAUGGCUGCUGGAUAACACGAGGAUUCAUCUGAUGCCCUCGAUGAACCCGGACGGUUUCGCAAUCUCGAAGGAAGGACAAUGUGACAACACAUAUGGCAGGCACAAUGCUCGCCGAUACGACCUGAACAGGAACUUCCCCGACUACUUCAAGGCGAACAUGAAGCAGCCGCAACCUGAAACAGAAGCAAUCAAGGAAUGGAUCUCCAAGAUCCAGUUUGUUCUGUCCGGCUCCCUGCACGGCGGCGCGCUCGUCGCCUCAUACCCCUUCGACAACACGCCUAGUGCCAGUGGCCUGAACGCAGUGUUCCAAAGCUACGCGCACUCGCCGUCGAUAGCGCCGGACGACGACGUGUUCCGGCACCUGUCGCUGGUGUACUCCAACAACCACGCCAAGAUGUCCCGCGGCGUGUCCUGCAAGUCCGGCUCGCCGAGGUUCGAGAAGGGCAUCACUAAUGGCGCCGCUUGGUAUCCGCUCACAGGUGGUAUGCAAGACUAUAACUACAUAUGGCAUGGCUGCAUGGAAAUCACGUUAGAGAUCUCCUGCUGCAAGUAUCCUCCAGCACAUGAAUUAGCAAAGUAUUGGCAAGACAACAAACAGUCCCUCAUCAAGUAUUUGGCUGAAGCUCACCGAGGAGCGCAUGGAUUCGUGAUGGAUGAAAAUGGCAACCCCGUAGAGCGCGCCUCCGUUAAAGUUAAAGGCCGUGAAGUUACGUACCACACUACUAAGUAUGGCGAAUUCUGGCGUAUUUUACUGCCCGGAACAUACAGGAUCGACGUUUCAGCUGAAGGAUACCUGCCCCAAGAAGUCGAAUUUAUUGUUAUAGACAACCAUCCUACACUCUUAAACGUGACUCUACAUUCAGCCAAACGUAUUGAUGGCGGUCCCUACUACCGCCCAGUGGCGCUGCCCCCGCGGCCGCCCGGCUCGCCGCCACCCUCGCCCGGCAUCUUCGCAUCGCUCACCAACUCUUUCAACAGCAUAGUCUCCAACUUCUUUGGAUAAACUUACAACAACUUCAUUCACAGCACAGAUGGACACUUUGUCCUACAGACAAAAAUAACCGUAUUUUGAAACUGGUUUACUAUGCAACGGAUAGCGGAACAUGUUUAGGACAUCAGCUAUUAGAAGAAUAAUUAUGCUGGAUACGUCGAAGUUCGCGUUAACCUAAGGCAAUGUAUGUCUUGCUUAUAAGUAAUGAUUGUCUAGCGCCUUCUAAGACGAAUGAUGUCCUAUAUAAACCAAGAUUAGUCCACGAAAGGUGCAUCUAUCUUGUCAAGAACUACAAUACUUGUCGCCGGUGUACAUUUAUUCUCAUUAGUUGAACAACUAGAAAUAGAGGUAGGCAAGGCGUAGGCUGUUUUUCGUCCACUAUAGCUGGAGACGAAUACUUAGGUAUCUCUAGGUUUUCAGCUAGAAGGGCGGUUUUAAUGGAGGCCUAAGAAAAUUAAACCUGUUCUGUAAAAUAUGUAUAAGUAAAUAUCUACUAUAUAAUGAAUAUUUUCAGUUUUAUUUGUAAAACGUGUGUCCUUAGGCACGUGAAUUGUUUAUCAUUAUAAACAAAAAGGUAUUAACCUCCACUGAUAUGCCAAAUACUAGUACGAAGGUAUAUCAAUAAUAAAUUAUCAUGAACAACAAAACAAUGAAAAUUAAGGAAUUUGUAAAUAUCAUGUAGCGGUUAAGAUAUAGAUGUUAGAAAUACGAUUAAAAGACUAAUUUAUUACAUAA